CUCAGUUGGAUCGGUACGUAGCUUUUAUUCCAACCUCAGGUAUCCAUCCCGCCGCCUAGCACAACCAGCCAGCAGCGAGAGCUAACGCGGCGCGGCUGUGCCUGGAGCUGAGUUGCAACGACGUAACGAAUCUCAACUCCAAACCUCCACUUCCACCACCGCAGCUCUCUUCCUCGCUCCACGAACCUUCGAAUUUCGCCCAGAGCUUGCUUUCCCAUCGUAACGUCACUUCUCUUCCACCCCCCGACUUUACCAUGUCUCGCCGUUACGAUUCCCGAACAACCAUCUUCUCACCAGAGGGCCGCCUGUACCAGGUCGAAUAUGCCCUAGAAGCCAUCUCCCACGCCGGAACCGCCAUUGGCAUCCUGGCCAAGGAUGGCAUUGUCCUGGCCGCCGAGCGAAAGGUCACUUCGAAGCUGCUGGAGCAGGACACUUCGGCCGAGAAGCUCUACAUCCUCAACGAUAACAUGAUCUGCGCCGUCGCAGGCAUGACCGCCGAUGCCAACAUCCUCAUCAACUACGCCCGACAAGCUGCCCAGCGCUACCUCCUCACCUACAACGAAGACAUCCCCUGCGAGCAGCUCGUCCGCCGGCUGUGCGAUCUCAAGCAAGGUUACACGCAGCAUGGUGGUCUGCGACCUUUCGGUGUCUCUUUCAUCUACGCCGGCUGGGACCCUCGGAGACAGUUCCAGCUCUACCUCAGCAACCCAUCAGGCAACUAUGGCGGUUGGAAAGCCACCAGUGCGGGAGCCAACAAUGCGAGUGCUCAGAGCUUGUUGAAGCAGGACUACAAGGAGGACUGCACACUCGAGGAGGCUUGCGGUAUGGCCGUUAAGGUCCUGAGCAAAACUAUGGACUCGACUAAGUUGAGCAGCGAGAAGAUCGAGUUUGCGACAGUGGGACAAACCGAGGACGGUAAAAUCUACCACCGGCUGUGGAGUGCCGAUGAGAUCACGGCACUGUUGAAGGAGCAUGACUUGGCCAAGACUGAAGAUACCGAGGACAAGUAGAGGCAAUAGAUUUUUUGAUAGAUGGUGGAGGGGAAACCGGGCCAUCCUACAUCGCCCCUGUAACAAUAAUAUCAUGGAAUGACCAAAACAUG